AUGUCCGAAAACAACUUCCACCUCCCACAAGAAGAAGGCCACUUCAACGCAGCCCCAAGCCUAAACCCACCCCCAACACCAGCAACAAAAGACUACAAACUAAACCACCUAGCCCUGCGCAUCCAAGAUCCAGCCCGCUCCCUCAACUUCUACAUCAACCUCCUAGGCAUGCGAGUAAUCUUCACCAUGAACGCCGGCCCCUUCACGAUCUAUUACCUCGGGCACCCGCCAGCAUCAGCAAAGACCGAAGAAGACAUUACCGCGUGGGCAAAGAGCACGAGUGAGAUCCCCGUUAUGACGAGGACGAGCGGGCUUCUGGAGUUGUAUCAUGUGCAUGGCACGGAGAAUGCCAGUGCGGAUGGUGGUUCUGUUUCCAUUUCUACGGGGAAUGUACCCCCGCAUCUUGGAUUUGCGCAUCUGGGGUUCACGGUUCCGGAUGUAUCGGCUGCUGUGCAGAGGUUGCGGGAUGGUGGGGUUAGUAUUCUGAAGGAUGUGGGUGUUUGUUCGAGGGAGACGGUGCCGCUUUCGGAGUGGGAGGAGGAGAGGGGGAUUGGGUGUGGAGAGAUUCAUGGGAAUUAUGCAUGGUUUUUUGAGAAGUUUGCUAUGGUUGCUGAUCCGGAUGGGUAUACGGUUGAGUUGAUUGCUCAGAGC